UUGAUUUGGAAAUACUAUUUCUGGCAAAAUUAAAUUCGUGUCGCAUAUGAUGCUGCCCUCCCACUGCCGGAUUUGGAAUGUUAGAAGCAGAAUGGUUAUGUUGGAAACGAUUCGAGUGUUUACGAACUUCGAAGACAAAGGCAAAGCCGAAGAAAACAUUUACUUCUUGAAAGAGCAAAGAGAAAAGCUGCGUUUAUUGCGUAAAAAAAUGCUGGAAGUGGAGGGUAGGCUGGAUGAAAGUAUCGAAGCUCUCGAGAAAGCCGUAAAAAUUACGAAAACCAUAAAAAAAGAUGAAACGAAAAAAAAAUAACAUGCAAUUGAAAUCGUCGUAACUAAUAAUGUGACACCAGUUAUUUUUAAAAAAUGCCGCGAAAUACGAAAACAAAAAGUUUUUACCACCAAAUUUUUAUGUGAAUAGUAGAAAAAGUUGUUGUACUUGUAACGCUCA